UCCAGAAUCCCCAACCCCUGCCACGAGAGACGACGGUCGCCGACAACCAAGACUAUCAAAGCGGUGGCGAUGGUAGAACCGACGAUGGCGACAACGAUUAAUGGAGUAGAAGGAGUGACGGGCGGCAAUUGCGCAAGACUAUCCGAUCGAUCGCGGCGGUAAUAGUGAGAAUGAUGCGAUGGCAGCGGAAGCUCGAAUGACAGUGACGACGGAGGAAUACAAGUAACAACCGCAAAAGCCCGAAUAGUGGUCGCAACAAGUAGUGACGACAGCGGAAGAUCAAAGCAACUGACAAUGACGGAUAGAAACCAUUCAACUUCUCGCUUGUGGUUUGGAAUCCAAACUACAACGAUGGCCCCUCCGACAAUCAAACUUUCGUUAGAAGUCAACAGCGAAACACUCCAAAAAACUGAUCAGAGAAUGAAAUAACUUGUCGGGUCUCUUUGGACAGAGGGUUACCGGCUUCAUGCAGGAAUGCUUCCUCCUUUCAUAUCAGGAUCUCUGGCUCAGCGGGUAUUAAGCCCAUUGCCUCCAUCGCCUCAACGUUGCCGCCUCCAGACCAUCACCAAAUUUGAAGACCACUUGUUUGUGGUUGAUCCAACCACGGGGCAAUUACUUGAUGAUAUUCCUCUUUUUAAAGCAACUCAUUACAAUGAAAAAAGUGGAAUGUGGACAUCUCCAGAGGCCCAGGCAGAUUAUAAGCUGAUGUUGGAGAAACAAGAAGCUGCGGCUUUUACAUCACAAGAAGAAGAAAGUUCAACACUUACUCAAAAAGAAAUUUGUGCUUCAUCUAUAAGGUUGAAAUCAGGUUACUUUACUACUAAACCAUCUAAAAAGACUCGGAUAGCUCCAACGAAUCAUUCAGAAACAAAACAACUUAAAGAACAAGUGGAGACCUUGUUACAGUAUAAUGAGUCAAGAGAAAUUGAGUUUGAAGCACAAAAAGAGGAGAUUCAUCUGUUGAAGAGUAUGCUGGCCAUUGUUUUAGAAAAUGUUGGAGAAAAACCUCUAAAUGAACCAUCAAAUGCAGAAGAUGGAAACAACUCUUAGAUGUGUGGGACUUUAAGAAUCCAAAGAAGUUGAAAGUUUAUUUUGACUUGAUAUACUUUUUGCUUGUUUGUCUUUAUUUGAUGAAUUAUGUUUGGAACAUGUUUUUGAAUAUU